UUCAGCAUCAUAGCCAUGAAGUUGAACCUCACAACCGGAAUUAAUCCGAAUCUCAAUGUCUCGGCUGCCCUCCUAGGGUUUGUUUUCGUUCAUAUAUGGAAAUGGGUGGUCGAGAAAGUUGGACUCAUUUCUACACCGUUCACUCAACAAGAGAAUACGAUGAUCCAAACGUGUGUUGUAGCGUGUUAUGGCAUCGCCAUUGGAGGGGGAUUUGGUUCAUUUUUGUUGGCAUUGGACAAGAAAACAUAUGAAUUAACAGGGGGAAGUAGUUCUGAAGGGAACUCACCUGGGAGUUAUAAAGACCCUGAAAUUGGUUGGAUGAUUGGUUUUCUUUUCCUUGUAUGUUUCAUAGGUCUGUUUGUGUUGAUUCCUUUAAGAAAGAUCUUGAUAAUAGACUUCAAGUUAACUUUUCCGAGUGGUAUGGCCACUGCAGUUCUCAUUCAUGGAUUUCAUAAUCAGAAAGAAGAUGCAGCCAGAAAGCAAGUACGAGGGUUCUUCAAAUAUUUCUCCAUUAGCUUCUUUUGGGGAUUCUUUCAAUGGCUUUACACUGGGAAAGGAGGAUGUGGGUUCUCUCGGUUUCCUACUUUUGGACUGGAAGCUUUGAAAAACAGCUUCUACUUUGAUUUUAGUAUGACUUAUGUUGGAACUGGUAUGAUAUGUCCACAUAUUGUAAAUCUGUCUGGUCUUUUUGGAGCUGUUCUUUCAUGGGGGAUUAUGUGGCCAAUUAUUAGUAAGUUUAAAGGAGACUGGUUUUCUGCUGAUAUUCCUGAAUCUAGUAUGAAGAGUUUGGCUGGUUACAAGAUUUUCAUAUCAAUAGCUCUCAUCUUGGGUGAUGGUCUCUAUUACUUUGUGAAGGUGACCAUUUCCACACUCAUUAAUUUCAAAAUGAGGCAAAGAAAUUUCAGUUCAGGUAAAAAAAAAACUUAUUUGGAACACUAUAGUUUAGCAUCAUCAAGACAAAACGAAGUCUUUGUACGAGAGAAUAUUCCAUCAAGGAUAUCAAUUAUAGGGUUUAUAAUCUUAACUAUAAUCUCUUCAAUCGCGAUACCCUUCAUUUUUCCGGAGCUUAAAUGGUACUAUAUCAUCAUUGCUUGCAUUUUAUCACCACCUCUAGCCUUUUGCAAUGCAUAUGGAGCUGGCCUAACCGAUAUGAACAUGGCAUACAAUUACUCGAAAGUUGGACUUUUCGUCCUAGCAGCCACAAUUGGAAAAGAACACGGAGUUGUAGCAAGUUUGGCUGGUUGUGCUCUCAUAAAAUCGGUCGUCAAUAAUUCAUGUCUUUUGAUGCAAGACUUCAAAACCGGUCAUCUAACAAUGUCAUCUCCAAGAGCAAUGCUUAUAAGCCAAGCUAUUGGAACCGCUAUAGGUUGUCUUGUUUGCCCUUUAAGUUUCUUCUUGUUCUACAAAGCAUUUGAUAUUGGAAACCCUAAUGGAGAAUACAAGGCUCCUUACGCGGUUAUUUAUAGAAACAUGGCUAUUCUAGGUGUUGAAGGGUUUUCGUCGUUACCUCGACAUUGUUUACAAUUAGGGUAUGGAUUUUUUGGAUUUGCGGUUGGGGUUAAUCUUUUGAGAGAUCUUGAUCCGUUUGGGAUUGGGAAAUGGAUGCCUCUUCCCAUGGCUAUGGCUAUGCCUUUCAUAACGGGUGCGUAUUUCUCCAUUGAUAUGUUUGUGGGGAGUGUUGUGGUUUUCGUUUGGCAUAAAAUGAAUAAGGGUGUGGCUAAGUUGAUGGUUCCCGCGGUUGCUUCCGGUUUGAUAUGUGGAGAAGGGUUGUGGAUGCUUCCGGCCGCGGUUCUUUCUUUAGCCAAGAUAAAUCCUCCAAUGUGCAUGAGUUUCAAGCCUUCAUAACCUUACAAUAAGAAUUUCAUACAUUUAUUUCAUAUAUGUUCACAACAUCAUCAUAAUAAAAAUAACCCUCAUUUUCUUCAUAAUGUAUAGUUUGUCCAAAUGAAUUUAUUUGAUGUGUCAGUAUAUGUAAAUUCAUUCUA